AAAAGAAGGAAAAAAAAAAAAAUAGUAAUCAGUUUUAACCAAAAUUAUUGCAACCUCUCACCAACCUUCAUUGAUAGGAUGAUGCUAACUGGUUUUCUACUAAAAUGGAUGCCUUUCACCUAACAUUAGUCUCCCAUUCUCUCCAUAAAGCCUCUCAAUCUCUCUCUCUUUCCCAUCUCCAACACAAUACACUAUUCAACCCCAUUCCUCCUUUUAGUUAAUCAAUCUCUAUAUAUCUACUAUUUUCUUAGCAACCUAGCUUCAAAGCCACACCACACCAUAGUCAAGAAAAGAAAAGAAAAAAAACCAAGAAAAUGAUGAAACAACUUCUCUUCUUUCUCUCUCUCACAUUAGUCCACUUCCAUUUCACCAAAACCCUAGCUCAGACCACCCCGGCAGCGCCUCCUGUACCGGCCGGUCCCCCUAACAUCACCAAAAUUCUCGAAAAGGGUGGCCAGUUUACGCUGUUUCUCCGGCUUCUGAAAAGUACUAGUGUUGGCGCACAGAUCAAUGGCCAGCUCAACGACUCAAACAAUGGCAUGACUGUAUUUGCACCGUCCGAUAAUGCGUUUUCAAGCCUCAAAUCGGGCACUCUCAACUCCCUCACUGGUCAACAGCAGAUCCAGUUAGUGCAGUUUCAUAUCUUGCCUACCUAUCUCUCCACAACGCAGUUCCAAACUGCGACCAAUCCUUUGCGGACACAAGCCGGGGACACCGGUGCCGGUCAGUUCCCGCUUAACGUGACCACCACCGGCAACCAAGUGAACGUGUCGACCGGCGUUAUGAACACUUCAGUAUCUGGCACAAUCUAUACGGAUAACCAGCUUGCUGUGUAUCAGGUGGACAGUGUGCUUCUUCCUUGGAGUAUUUUCGGUACUCCGGUACCGACGGCGGCACCGGCACCGGCACCGCUGACGCCGACGAAGAAGAAGAUACCGGUCGCGGAUAGUCCAACCGUCAGUGUUGAUGCCUCUGGUGCAGUUAGUCUAACCAUGCAUGGGAUGGUGGUGACUAUUGGAGUUGCUGUGGUUGCAUCAUUUCUUUUGUGACAAUGAAUGGUGGUGAUUGUGCCAGCUGGACAUAUUGGGUCUGGGGUCCAUUUGUUUGGUGCCGAUAUGAUUUUGAUGAGUCAGAUUGAACGGUGGUAAUCCACGCUGUGAGUGCCUCCGAAUAAUUGUAAUAUGUCAGUCAUGAUGUGAAGAUUGAACUAUGAGGUCCAUUUUUGUUUUUGUUUUUUUUAAUUUCCUUUUGCUCUGUAUUUUUCUUUCCUUUGUUUUUGCUGUUAAUUGUAUUUCUUCUGUUCUAUUUGUAAUUCGUUCGACUUUUUUUAUUUUUCCAACUUUCAUGUAAUUUGAGAUUGUGCAUUAUUUUGCCAAGAAUGCUUUCAAUCAGUGAACUUAGGACAAAUGAUUUUUAUAUAUAAUCGGAGGUUUUGAAUGA